AUGAACCAACAAAAUCGUAGAACAUCUAAACGACUGGACCUGCAAGGCAUCCGUGCAUUGGCUAUUAUAAUAGUACUUGGAUUCCAUUUUUAUCCAGAAUACUGUCCAAAUGGAUACCUUGGAGUUGAUCAAUUCUUCGUCUUAUCCGGAUUCCUAAUGUGUAUGUUGUUGAAACGUGCCGAAAAUCAAUCCCCAUGCCAAUUAGUCAGUCUCUUUUACUCCAAAAGAUUCAAACGAAUCCUCCCAUUAUACCUACUGGUUAUCCUUGUUUCCAUGAUUUGCCUCUAUUCAUUUUUCCCGGAUACCGCUAUCGAAACUAAUCAGGAAUCUGCUAUCCAUGCUCUUCUCUUCGUGUCCAAUCGGCCUAAAACAGUUGCCGAGGAUUAUUUUACAAUGCUAUCCAUCGCAGUCGACAUCUUCACCCAUACCUGGUCGUUAUCCGUGGAAAUUCAGUUCUAUUUUUUGGUUCCAUUCAUUUUUCUACUAGCUACCAAGAUUCCAGAAAAGUUUCAAUUGGGAUACUAUGGAGUAGUUGGAUUCAUCUCAUUCGUUCAUUUUUAUACACUUCCCUCCUCAGUGGCCUUCAAUAGCGUUUUUGCUAGAAUUUGGCAGUUUUUGAUUGGAAUGACAGUGUACUUGCUCGGCGGAAUCUCUGAAACAACAACUCAAUAUCAAAUAUUAAAAAAUGAAGAAGAAUCAGAACCAGAAUCCAAGCAGACUCUAGAAGACGAGGAGAAUGAAGAAGUGGACUGUGGUCCCAAUGAGAAGUUCUCGAACAUUCUAAAAUACUCUCAGCAAAUGGCGUAUUUUUCAUUGAUGGUUUUGAUAUGCGUCACAAUGUUCCCAACCACUCUAUCCGCGUUAGUUGUGAGACCAGUCGUAACAAUUGGCACCGGACUGUUGAUGUUAGUAUCUGAAGAUAAUUGGGUAUUAUCUAUCAAAUUAUUGACCUAUAUCGGUGAUCUCUCAUAUUCCCUGUACCUGAUUCAUUGGCCAAUUUAUGCUUAUUGGAAAUUGACUUGUGAAGGAAACCAAGCUCUUCUGAUCCUCGCUCUGAUCUCAUCUAUGAUUUUUGCCGUAAUUACAUUUGAAACUUUUGAAAGAUGGUAUCUAAAACUAUCAUCUACAAAUAUCGGUAUUCUCGUGGUGGUGUUAUUUUUCCUAAGUGUUGUUGUAAUCAAUAGGAAUGAGAUUACGAAUCAUAUUGAUUCAAUCGGGAAGAAUAUUUCAAGUCUAGACGAUGUUACAGCCAAUAUGACCGUUGACGACGCCGAGCGCCUAAACUACAAAUGGAGCAUAAAUGACUAUCAAAAUUUGUACGAUCCCACGUGUGUCUACGAGAAUUCAAAAUCUCCAUUGGGAUGGUGCAGGCAUACUGGACUAUCCGGAAAAUACAAAAUUGCUGCCAUUGGAAACAGUUGGGCAGCAAAUCAUGCAAAAAUGUUCUACCAGGAAUGUGGGUAUAAGGCAAAGAGUAUAAUGCAAGGAGCUGCGUUUGGAUGCGAACCAUUUUACCCUAGCGGACAAUCUAAAAUGUGCAAAGAGAAUUUUACGGAUUUCGAAUAUCUAUACCUGAGGAACGGCUUUGAAAACUACAGAUGCGAGCCUUUAUACCCCAGUGCCCAGAGUAAAAUGUGCCGAGAGAACUUCACGGAUUUUGAAGUUCACAUUCGGAAGGAAAAACCAGACUAUGCAUUCAUUGUCACAAGAUACAUGUCAAUCGGUGCACGAUGGCAAAAAAAUGUAAAAAGUUUUGAGAAAGAUUCCAUGUACCGAAUUAUGAAGAAACAAAUGCUAAAGUUCGUAGAUAAUAUUAAAUAUAAGUUGUACAUUUUGGAUGCAAUUCCGAGAGUCGAUUCUGCUUUUGUUUACAAAAUUGCUCGUUUAGUGAAGAAUGGAACGGACCCAGUUACCAUCGAUAAAAAACUUGUAUGGCUACAUGAAUAUGAAAUGGCUCGAAAACGGAAUGCUCAAUUGGUGAAGGAUUGUGAAGGAAAAUGUGAACUUAUUGAUUAUUUUCCGGAAUUUUAUAACAAUGCAACCAAAACAUUCCGAUUUUUUGAUGAGAAAGGAUUAUCUUAUUACACUUCUCCACUUCAUUUAUCACCUCAUGGAAUUGAAAAAAUCAGGCAUAUUUGGACUGAUAUUUGUAGAAAAUUGUAG